GAGAGAAUGAUCUGAAAAUGAGUGAGAGAGCAAGAGAGAGCGAGGGGGGGGAGAGAGCAAGUGGCAGAGUGUACAAGAGAGAGGGGGAGGUAUUUAUAGAAAAUUGGGGCUUCACAGCACCUUUUCCAGUGAAAGAAUUAUUAAAGAUCCCAGCUAGUGUGUCCCAGUUUUUCUGAUUAGAACUCAAAAGGACAUAACUGGACAAACUCUGGUGAGAUGUAGAACGCGCCCUGUUACGUUCCUCUGCCGCCUCAGCCGCCCCCCACUCUCUGCUUCUCUUUUCCGAUUCGAGAGCGGGAUCCUUCUUCGAGCACGUCCUCAGCGAUGUGACGCUGUGGUCUGCCGGCUUCUGCCGUGCCGCUGGCGGGGAGGGAGGGGGAUUCUCGCUGGAUACGGAGACGGGCGCCUGGGCCCUGGCUUCAGCCAGUCAAGAUGAUGAAGAAGUUUCUGAGGAGCAGGAAGGGGAGAUUCUCCCUGCGACAGAGCCGCUCAGGAUCACGCUCUGCCUCCAAAGAUUUCUUCCUGACGAUGCCGGCCUCCAACCAGGGUUGGCCGGAAGACUUUGGCUUUCGGGUGGGGGGCAGUGGACCCAGCUACAUCCUGUCGGUGGACGAGGGCAGCAGUGCCCACCAUGCCGGGCUGCAGCCUGGUGACCAAGUACUGGAGAUCGAGGGGCAGAAUGUCUCCUCACUGGGGAAGGAUGCACUGGUCACCCUGGCCAAGGCCCAGAAGAACAUCCCCCCUAGCAUCGGCGUGGUGUCCCGAAUUCAGCAGAUGGAUAUUCCUCCUGGGCCAGACGGUCGAUUUGGGUUCACUAUCGUGGGGGACUGCCCCCUGGUGGUGGAGGACUGCCUGUUCAACUCCCCCGCGGAGCGUAGUGGGCUGCGGGCAGGUGAUUACGUGAUGGAGGUGAACGGCAUCCCUGUGAGGCAACACGAAACAGCGGCAGCCAUGAUUAAAGCGUCGCAGGGUUGCACGCUGCGCCUGGGCGUCCUGCGGCAGGGCCGCCGCUUAAAGCGCAUGACCAGCAGUCUGAAGGAGCCCAGCGUCCUGCAGAGCGGCGAUAGCGUGCGCCAGGACCGAAAGAACAAGGCUCUGGAAUUCAACAUGAAGGUUGAGGAGGUCCUGAAGGAUGACCCGGAUGUGAAGGAGCAUCUGUUUGCCGUGCUGAAGGACUACGCCGCCGAGAGGAAUGUGGAGAACCUGGCAGCAGCCCUGCCUGACAUCCUGAUCAGCGCAGAGCAUCAGCAACUGAUAGACAGCGUCAGGAUCUUCAUCCCCAAGAAACACCGGGAACGUUUCGACGAGAUGGUGUCCCAGGGCCUCCUGCAGCGGGUCCGCCGGGGACGGAGCCUCAGCAGCCCGGGUCAGAACCGGCUCCGCCGCAGCCGCAGUGAGGACCACCCUGAGCGGCUGCUGGUGUCCACGCGUGCCAGCUCCGUUCCCCGUACCUCUGUGGCCACGGAGGACAUCCCCGGCCCUCCGCCACCCGCCCGCGGCCUCAGGAAGACCACCUCGCUGGUGGUGGGUCACAGCAGCUCCACCAUCGGCUACAGGACCGUGCGAGUCUACAAGGGGAACAAGAGCUUUGGGUUCACGCUCCGGGGCCACGCUCCUGUCUGGAUCGACUCCGUCAUCCCAGGGAGCCCCGCGGAGAAGGCAGGCCUCAAACCCGGGGAUCGUAUCCUGUUUCUCAACGGACUGGACAUGAGGUGCUGCUCCCAUGAGAAGGUGGUCUCCAUGCUACAGGGUAGUGGGGCCAUGCCCACCCUGGUGGUGGAAGAUGGGCCAUCAGGCCCCCCCCUGGCACCCCUGGAGCCCGAGCUGGGGGUGCCUGGCUCCCCAGGGUCUCGCUCUCCUGAACUCCGGUCACUGCACUGGGUCACAGAGAUCCUGCCACCCAGCAUCCGUGUCCACGGCCGCACCUUCGGCCAGCAGCUGGAGCACCUUCUCACGCACCAGGAGCGCUUCACCAUCUGCAAAGCUCUGGAGCUCUUCUUCCAGCAGAGAAACGUGGAUACACUCAUCGUGGACGUCUUUCCCGUACUGGACACACCUGCCAAGCAGGUCCUCUGGCAGUUCAUCUACCAGCUGCUGACCUACGAAGAGCAGGAGCAGUGUCAGCAGAAGAUGGCGCGUUUCCUGGGCUUCCGUACGUCGCCGGCCGCUGCCCCCGCCGAGCCUGAACCUGCGCCUGAGACACACCGGCGUAGCAGCUCCAUGCGUGUGACCGGCACGGCGUACCGGAGCAGCGUCCGAGGCCGCAGCUCUGACGACUGCAUCAUAGGCACCAACCUGGGCAUGGGUCUGCCUGCAGCAUGUCUCAGCUCCGCCCCCAGGACCCAUAACGAACCCAUCGAGGUGGGUAUGCGGCUCGCCCCUGGGGAGCGCCAAUCUGGAGACGGGACGUCCCUUCCUGAGACUCCCAAUCUGAACAAUCUGUCCACCGUCUACACUGAGCUGGAGGUCGGGAACGUGUACUCAGGCGGGAAGGCCUCCAGGUCCCUGAAGAGUCGCUCCUCGCCCCUCCCAGAGCCCGUGGUGGAGCCCGAUGCCAUUGGCCACGCCCACUCCCCCUCCAUGCAUGGAGGAGGCAGUCGAAAAUCAGCCCCCUCCUUGUCCUGGAGGGAGCCGCUGCCCAGUGCUGCAUGCCCAUGCUACCCUGCGAGCGUGCCCGGCCAGGCUGGCGCCGAAUCCAAUCCGUACAUGAGCCUGGACAGUCCCUUGCCGUCACCACCGCCUGUCGACUACCCCCCCACCCCCCUGACCCACCGUGGGAACCUCUUCACCUUCUCACCCCCGCCCCACACACAGGACACUGACAAGUUCCUGGAUGCGGUGAACGAGCAGCUCGGCCACCGUGUCACCGUGGUGGACGACUUCCUCACUCCGGACAACGACUACGAGGAGGCAUCCAUGCAGUUGGGCUUCCAGGAGGAGGAGGAGGACGGUGGCUUCCUGCCGCAAGAUGCGAGCAGCCCCAGCGAUCUGCACAGCAGCAGCGACGACGCUAGUUCGCUCACCUACUCCUCCAGCUCCGAGCAGAUUCCUCCCCCUCCCCAGAGUCCGCCGCCACCCCCGCCCAUGCAGUUCAACGACCCGCCCCUGCCGGACGAGCUCUCCCCGGAGCAUGCUCCUCGGGGACCGUCGCCCUUCCGGCACCAUCAGUACCCCCCUCCGCCUCCCCCGCCGCGCGGCAUCCUGCCCAACCGCCAGUCGCUGCACAAGGUGCUGCCCACACGAGAGGAGCUGCAGGCCCAGCAUAUGCACCCCAGCCACCAGUCGCUGCCUCUCAUCCUGUCCCCGGAGACCACUCUCCUGCUGCAGCAGGUGCAGAUCCGGUCGCAGCCCCACUCGCUGCCACAUUCGUCCCCGCAGCCCAUCCUGUCCUCCUUCCAGCCGCAGCAGCAUAUAGUCCACCAGGCCCAACCCCCUCAGCCCAUCUACCAAUCGCAGUCGCACGGCCCGCAACCUACCUACCAAUCAGUGGAGCAUUCCAUCCGCCAGUCUCCUAAUCUGAUGUACCAGUCACCGCCCCCUAAGCCUGUGUACCAAUCGCAUCAGCAUUCUGCCCACCAGGCACCACCCCAUCCCCUAUCCUUCCAAUCACCUCCUCCUAGGCCUCCCUACCAGUCGCAGCAACAUCUCGCCCACCAGGCCCAGUCCUCUCAGCUAACCUACCCAUCACCUCCACCUAAGGCUCCCUACCAAUCACAGCAGCAUCCCGCCCACCAGGCCCAGCCUCCUCGGCAUAGCCCUGUCCCAUCACACCAUUCAGGCCAAUCACACACAGUGCCCCCGCCCCCUCCCCCUCUGCCCCCGCCGUGUGAGCCUCCCCCUCUGCCCCCGUCCACGCCCCAGCGUAUAGACUCCAGCCAGAUGAACGUGAAGCGCCUCCGAUGGGAGCAGGUGGAGAACUCGGAGGGCACCAUCUGGGGUCAGCUCGGCGCCGACUCUGACUUUGACAAGCUGAGUGACAUGGUGAAAUACCUCGAUUUGGAGCUGCACUUUGGGACCCAGAAGAACCCUAUCUCUCUUCUAGAACCGAUCCUGCAGUCUGAAUCAUUCAGGAAGAGGGAAGUGAUCGAGAUCCUGUCACACAAAAAGGCCUACAAUGCCUCCAUCCUGAUCGCCCACCUGAAGCUGUCCCCUGCUGAGCUGCGGCACGUGCUGAUGACCAUGGCCACAGAGCGCCUGGAGCCUGCACACAUCAAGCAGCUGCUGCUGUACGCUCCGGACGACGACGAGGCCCAGCAGUAUGAGCGGUACCGGAACGACCCGGCCAAGCUCAGCGAGCCCGACCAGUUUGUGCUGGAGAUGCUCUCCGUCCCUGACUACAAGACCCGACUGCGGAGUCUCCUCUUCAAGACCACCCUCCAGGAGAAAACCGAGGAGAUGAAGAUCGGCUAUGAGUGCAUCUACAAGGCCUCCCUGGAGCUCAGGAGCAGCAAGAAGCUAGCCAAGAUCCUAGAGUUUGUCCUGGCUAUGGGGAACUACCUGAACAAUGGGCAACCCAAGACCAGCAAACCCACUGGAUUUAAGAUCAACUUUCUUACUGAGCUCAGCACCACGAAGACGGUGGACGGCAAGUGGACCUUCCUGCAUGUCCUCGCCAAAUCGUUAAGCCAGCACUUUCCGGAACUACUGGGCUUUGCCAAGGACCUUCCCACCGUGUCCCUCGCUGCCAAAGUUAAUCAGAGAACAAUCACUGCGGACCUUAACGAUCUUCACACCACCGUCCAGGACAUCCGGACUGCCUGCCAGAAAAUGCCCAUCACGUCGGAUGACCGAUUCGCGGCCAUCAUGAGUAGCUUCCUGGAGAACAGUCACCCAGCAGUGCAGUCGCUGGAGUCGCUGCAGCAGAGAGCCAUGCUGGAGUUCAGCAAGGUGACCUCCUUCUUCGGGGAGGACAGUAAGGCCACCACGACCGAGGCCUUCUUCGCCAUCUUCUCCGAAUUCAUGUCCAAGUUCGAGAGGGCCCUCGCCGACAUCCAAGGCAUGGAGAACGCGCGGAGCCCACGAGUGGCCUCGCCACAGGCCUGGUGAGGACGACCCGGGCCACCAGCAGGAGGCGACAUCAGGCGGACGGACAGACUCGCCACAGGGUGCCGCUCUGUGCAGGGGAGAGGGACACGGCUGGCCUCAGACCCUGCACAUGACUUCAGAUGAAGUAUUCUGUAUGUACUGGAAAGACCAUUUUAAAAACGUCAUCAGAACAUUAUACAACAGUGACUGGAUGAUUAAUCUUCCUGUGGGCCCUGAACAGUAACAGAAGACUUUUUUACUCUAAUAUGAUUCCAGUUUUCAAUAUUAUUUGUUAACGUUCUGAAUCACUGUCGCACAGGUUCUGCUUUUCUUUUUUUUAAACCGUGCUGCAGAUGACUUGGUACCAUUGAGUGUAAAUGUAAAUAUAAAUGUAGAUAAUGCCUGUAAAUUUUAAUAUAAUUAUGCAGUUUUAGUUGCCAUGACAGGGUGCCAUUAGGACAGCAUGAGCUGGUUGGGCUCACAAGACGGGAUGGGGGAGGGGGAGGGCGUCUCUUCAGGCGGUUUCUAAGACCUGUUGUCUCGCUUUGGGACCCUCCCUGGGUCGAGACGGUGAGCUCCCCAAAAUUAGCGUGGCCCUGCUCUGCCUCGCACGAGUCCCCGUCUAUCCUUAACAGUGCACCAGUGUCCCGUAGGCGCAGCCGGGCGGCACUUCACUGUAAUGCUGUACCUGGGAACUGCCUGUUCUUGGGCCCCAUGUCACACGUCACACUGAUAGUGUCUGACCACCGAGGACACGGUGUGGCCGUCAGGGUGUACUCCUUACCUGUGCUACACCCCCGGGCCCCGUGAUACCCCUCUGCAGCCAGCGUGUGCCUGGGAUUUACACACUAACAGUUCAUCUUUACUAUCCUGGUUGUAAUAUAAAUAUGCUACUUUGUAAACGGGUUAGUUUUCUUUGUUACGUUAAACCUUAAGUAAGUUUGUCCUCCAGUUACACACAGCCGGUUAGCUUAACCUGCCAAGAGCGACCAGUUCCCCGCUCGGUCAUCGUUAUCAGUAGAUCCGGGACUCUCUUCUGACUCUGAUGCGGAAACGGCAAUGUCCCAAACUGCCGCUUACAGGCGCCGAGACGCACGGAUGACUCCUGGACACAGAGCAUGUUCCGUCUCUCUCUCGGCAGCAAGAUGACGCUUCUGCUUGCCGAUUCCGCCCUGUUUUAGUGGUUGUGGUAAAUCCUUCGGGACGCGGACGUACAUGCAUGUGUAAGAAGUGGCUUUUUAGGGUGCUUAGCUAUUAUAAUAAUGCUAUUGUUUUUAGGCUACUAUUUGUCUGAGGAAUGGCCUGUUUAUCUCAAUGCUAAAUGCGUUCAUAUAAUUAUCUGUUUGCAUAUGAAGAAGGCAUUUGGAUUCUCUGAUCACUCCAUCCAUCCGUGUCGGUGAUGACCGCCUCCCAUUCCUGGGAAUACACCAUCCCUAAUCUCAUGUGGCCUAGAAUAAAAUGUUUGUUUUUCUCUCUUUAAUUUAAAAACUGUACAUAUAUGUUUAAAUGCUGGGGUCGGUAAAUAAAAGUAGGUGUGCAGCGCA